AUGUCCAACAGAACAAUGUACUGCGUGGCCAUCUGCGCUCCCCACCUCUACCGCUACUUCAGGACAAGAUCGAGGCAGACAGUUUCUCGUGUGCUGCUCGCAGUUAAACAGCUGACAGGCAAUCUACUCUGGUUCAAUCCCAAGAAGGAGAGAGGUGGUGCAGAUAUGGCGCAGUGGAACGGCAUAGAGCAGGCAGCGACUAUCACGCAGCUGGUGGGAGUGGAUGCGUUGGGGCUCAUCUCGACGAUUGUACAGGCAGCACAGACAGUUCAGCGCAACAAGGAGACCUGCCAGGAGCUCGUGCAGGAUGUGCAGUUGAUAAAUGGCCUGCUAUGGAUGCUGCAAAACCCAGAAAUUAUGCAGCGAGAAGAGAUUGUAAAUGCACUCAAUGGACUGGAGGGGACGCUUCGGGAGGCGUACAGCCUCGUCAGCUCCUGCCAGGACUGCAGCACCACAUAUCGCAUAUUCAUGGGAUGGAAACACACUGACCAGUUCCGACGCGUGAAGAAGAAGAUUGCCAAGCACCUCCGCUUCUACCCCAUGAUCUUCCAUGCUGACAUAACUUGUCGUCUCGAAAGAAUAAGCAACGGCACGCUGUCGACGUGCUCAUCUCAGGAUGCAGGAGGAGUGCUGACAUCAUCUACCAGACACUCAAACUCUGAAGCUCGGACUGAAUGUAGUUUGUGGCCUGUUGAAUUAGAAAAAUCGCAGGCAUGCAGGAGCGCUGAGUCUAUUGCAGUUGAGGAACACCAGCUAACAAGUUACCAGGAAAUUGCUGAACCUUUUGCUAGGAAGCAGAGGUUCCGGUGGGGUCACUGUUUGCCCUGGAAAACGGUAGAAACAGCUCCUUGUAUUCAUGAACUCAACGGACCAGGGUUUUCAGGUUUCCAUUUCUCCCAAUUGUUGGUUGCUACAAAUAAUUUUGCAUUCCAAUGCAAAAUUAGAAGUUGUGGAUACGCUGAUGUGUAUAAGGGACGAUUGGACAGUGGACUUGAAGUCAUGAUCAGAAGAUUUCAUCAAAAUAACUCCCAUUCUUCACUCACAUUUGAAAAUUAA